CUCGACGUCGCAUUUCUCUCUGCAAUUCCUUCUCCCGAGACCAAUGCGGUCGCAUGCACAAUGUCGACUCACCGAGAAGGCUUCAAUCCCCUGAGGCCGUACUAUAUACCCCCGACCAUCGGUGACCCCUCCGAGACCCUCGCCAAGUCGAGUCCCAGCCCGAACCCGUUCCCCGAUGGCCGACAUGUGACGGUCGCCGGUGGGCGGUACGCCUCCAAAGCGCGUGAUAUCUUGAACGACCUUGAGUACAAGGACUACUUGGGGGAUAACUCGCCAUCCAUGGUGCAGAAUGUUAAGGACCUCAUCGACGAGCUGCUAUGGAAGUAUACCUCGGUCCUCAUGGCCCAGCCUUUCGAGGUGGCCAAGACUUUGCUGCAAGUCCGGAACCAGGAUGAAAAUGCUGCUCUGGUUACCCCUACGGUAGAGCCAGAACCUCUUAAGAAGCGAACUUCCACAUAUGGGAGUUCCAUGUAUGAUUUCCAUGAAUCAGAUUCUGAGGGCGACGAGCCCGCUUACUUCACAUCGAGCGUGCCCGCGACUCCCACUCCCUCUGGUCCAAAGAGCUCAAAUGGCCGCCGGACCCCGUCUCCUCUGCCAAAGCCGAAGAUUCCGGAGCACUACCUGACUCUGCGUCGACCGGACUCGAUUCUCGAAGUAAUUGGGCAGCUGUGGGGGAAGGAAGGUGCCUGGGGCGUUUGGAAGGGGUCCAAUGCGGCGUUUCUGUAUACCGUUUUGCAGUCGCUGCUAGAAAACUGGUCGAGAAGUUUUCUCAGUGCCAUAUUCAAUGUCCCGGAUAUAGGCGUCAAGGAGGAUAUCGAUCGUUUGAUUGAUAUUGCCUCCCCAUAUCCUUGGGCAUCCCUCUUUGUGGCCGCAACUGCUGCUGUUGCUACUGGGCUGGCUCUCUCGCCAUUGGAUUUGGUGCGAACGAGACUCAUUGUCACACCAAGCUCCAGAGGCCAGCGCCGGACGCUGGCUACUCUCAAGGCUCUGCCUUCAUACCUCUGCUCCUCAAUCCUUGUCAUCCCGACCGUCCUCAACUCCUUGGUUCACCCUCUUAUCACACUCUCCACACCCCUUGUUCUCCGAACCCGAUUCAUGAUUGACAGCCAGGCUUCGCCCAUGACGUUCUCUGUCGCCAAGUUCUUUGCCUCAUCGGCUGCAAUCCUCCUUAAACUCCCGGUCGAGACCGUCCUGAGGCGUGGACAGGUCUCAGUCUUGUCGACCUCCGAAUAUGUCAAGGCGCUCGGUGGUCAGGAGCAGGCACUCACAACCAUUGUUCCUCCUGGUCGCUAUGACGGCCCCUUCGGUACCAUGUACCAUAUUGCAACCGAGGAGGGAACACGCGAGGUCCCCACCAUCAGGCCGAGUGUCACAAAGAAGGGUAAGGGCAAGAAUAAGAGCGUUGCCACAACCACCUACAAGGGCCAGGGCCUGGAGGGACUCUGGAGAGGGUGGAAGGUCAACUGGUGGGGUCUCGUCGGACUCUGGACGGCGAGCGUGGUUGGCCACGGCGGAGAAGGCGAGUUCUGA